GCCAAACCAACCACCUCUUGUAUCUCUCUAGUUUGCAUUGACCCAUCACCCCUCUUUCGCCUUGCACGCCAGAACCAUAUCUCUUCCUAUUCCACACUAAACGAUGGAACCACUAUCACUGUCGCUACAUUUGACAUAAAUUCAGCAAACUCGCUUUCUUGUCCUUCUAUAAAUAUCACCACUACUCUUUGAGCCUCUUUUCUCAUCCAUAUAAGUUUGUCAUCUCUCUCUCAAUCCACAUUUCAUGAAUGAACACUUAAAUUCUGGACUUCUGUUUGACAGACUUCAUCUCUUCCUCCGUGCAUCUUCUCCCACCUCAGUGCUGCAAGGAUGAAGAACAAGGCUUCCACCUUUCUGAAGCAGGCAUUCUCUGCUAUUGUCGCCAUGGUCAAGGCCAAGUCAUUGGCAGUGAAGAGCAAAACUAGUGCUAUGAAAAGCCGGGUCCUUAUCUUUGGGAUCCUUCGGCACAAGAAACUCCUGAUGAGUGCAAUCAACCACAAGAUCCAUGCACUUGUGGGCCAGGAGAAAGGUGGUGAAAGUCUCAGCAGCCCCGAGGACUACAGCAAGGCAAUAGUGCUCUAUAAUGCAGAAAAGAAUGAGGCUCUGCCAAGCUUCACUAGUGCCGAGUCAGUCAACUAUGACUUAGAUGAUGAUGACUAUCCAGACCUCACACAUUCACUAUUAGAAGACGAGGAUGAUGAUGAUGGACUUGGUGAGACCACCGGAUCGGUAAUCGAUCUGGUUAGGAAUUCCAAGGAGGAUGGUAAGGAAUUCAGCCUCGAGGACGAGAUCGACCAUGUAGCUGAUGUCUUCAUAAAGAGGUUCCAUAGGCGGAUGAGGAUGCAGAAGCUGGAGUCCUUCAAGAGGUACCAAGAGAUGUUGGAAAGGAGUGCGUAGGAGAUCAAGGGAAGGUUAAAAAGCCCUUUUGUUUCUGCAAGUAGGCCUUGGAGAUGAGCUUGACCCAGAGACUGAACAAAGGAACUGUAGAUUCUGGCCACCUGGGUUCGAUCAAUCCAGGUAGGUUUAAUCGUCUGGCUUGGUGCUUAAUCUCUGGUAUGUUUCGGCUUCUAAGCACUCCUCCGGUGGAGCUGUGUUUAGUAGUAGAACUUUGCUGUUCCACAGAGAAAAAGACGCAUGCUUCCAUGCGUGGAAUCAUAAUAUAACAAAAUGGCUAUGUAAUAUUUAUUUUUGAGGAAUGCAUGGUCCUUAAAGCUGUUUGCCUAU